GAUGGCAAAAUAAUGGUUUACCACAUUACCAAGCAACUAUUUUAUGAGACAAUCUAGAAAGGGAGGCAGACGUGAAAUCUUAUUUACAACAAUUGGUAUAUAAUUAGGUUUUGAAUGUUGUUAGCAUUGGGAUUGGCUCAUUUUGGUCUUUUUGAACCUCUAAGAAAUUCAUAUUAUCAAAGAGGUGUUCUUCCAACAUGGGAAAGAUCAGUUGUAAAUGGAUAGCCAUGGACUAUUUGAG